AAUCCCUCUUCAACUCUACUAGCGUUCCUUAACUCCACGGCGGAGAUCCGAGGAGUUGGGAAACCCUAACCCUAAAAAAGCUCUAACGCUAUCGCCCUCGCCUCUCAUCGUCUAUCUUUCAUCACCAGUGAUCGCCAGCGAUCUUCUUCACUAGCAGAUUUAAUAUUUGCAAUCAUGGCGGGAUUGGCACCAGAAGGUUCACAAUUUGAUGCGCGUCAAUAUGAUGCCAAAAUGAGUGAGCUGCUCACAUCAGAUGGACAGGAUUUUUUUACAUCAUACGAUGAAGUUUAUGAAAGUUUUGAUGCCAUGGGCUUGCAAGAGAAUCUUCUGAGGGGCAUCUAUGCAUAUGGGUUUGAGAAGCCCUCUGCAAUACAGCAAAGGGGUAUUGUGCCCUUCUGCAAAGGGCUUGAUGUAAUUCAGCAGGCACAAUCUGGAACGGGAAAAACAGCAACUUUCUGCUCUGGAAUUCUGCAGCAGCUUGAUUAUAGUCUAGUUGAAUGCCAGGCCUUGGUUCUUGCACCCACUCGAGAACUUGCACAACAAAUUGAGAAGGUGAUGAGGGCUUUGGGUGACUAUCUUGGUGUUAAAGUGCAUGCCUGUGUAGGAGGAACCAGUGUCCGUGAGGAUCAACGUAUUCUCUCAAAUGGAGUUCAUGUUGUUGUCGGUACUCCUGGUCGUGUAUUUGACAUGUUGCGGAGACAGUCACUUCGCCCUGAUUACAUUAAGAUGUUUGUAUUGGAUGAAGCUGAUGAAAUGCUUUCACGAGGUUUCAAAGAUCAGAUUUAUGAUAUUUUCCAGCUCCUGCCAUCAAAAGUCCAGGUUGGAGUCUUUUCUGCCACAAUGCCUCCUGAGGCUCUUGAGAUUACAAGGAAGUUCAUGAACAGGCCUGUGAGGAUUUUAGUGAAGCGUGAUGAGCUCACACUUGAGGGUAUCAAGCAGUUCUAUGUCAAUGUUGAAAAGGAAGAUUGGAAACUUGAGACACUUUGUGAUCUGUACGAGACCCUUGCCAUCACUCAGAGUGUCAUCUUUGUGAACACCCGACGCAAGGUUGAUUGGCUGACUGACAAGAUGCGGAACCGUGACCACACAGUCUCUGCCACCCAUGGAGACAUGGACCAGAAUACCAGGGAUAUCAUCAUGCGGGAAUUCCGGUCGGGUUCCUCUCGUGUACUCAUUACCACAGAUCUGCUUGCUCGUGGUAUUGAUGUGCAGCAAGUUUCCCUUGUCAUAAACUAUGACCUUCCUACACAGCCUGAGAAUUACCUUCACCGUAUUGGUCGUAGUGGACGGUUUGGAAGGAAAGGAGUUGCCAUCAACUUUGUGACGCGUGAUGAUGAGAGGAUGCUGUUUGACAUACAGAAGUUUUAUAAUGUAGUUAUUGAGGAGCUGCCAUCAAAUGUUGCUGAUCUCCUGUGAUGAGAUUUUGUCCGUGGUUUACAUCGAAGGUAAGAUCUUCCUAUUUGCUAAGUACUAUUUAAUGUGUCUCUUUUAUAGGGUUAGUGUCUUAAUUUAGUGUCUUUGAACUUUAUCUGACUAUCGAAUUAAAUGGGUCCUGCACAUUUGCAAUGGGGAAUUUUCUUAAUAUUGCCCAUUAUGGGUGUGGGUGGGCAUUUGUUAUUGCAAAUUUUGUUGCAGGUAGGGUUUUUGUAUCUUAUGUGUCCUUAUAUAACCCAAAUGAGGUAGUUUGGAUUGGUUCUUUCUCCCAUUCUGCUUGGUUUUCUUUUUAAUAUGGUGAGGGGAUACUUUGUAGAAUGAAAACAUGAUUUGUUAUUUAUGUUGGAGACCAGAAUCUCUUGAAUAUUAGGUCUCUCUUCUGCCUUUUCAGUGUUCUGCUUUA